CGCAGCGUUGCAUCACUAACAGUAACAGGGACGAACGAUGGGCAUCAACAUGAGAUAGCCCCACUGUGUUUCCAUCUUUUUACCAAAAAUGACUGCGCGAAAUGAGAACGUAAGAAGAAAACGACGGCCUAGGUGCGGAAAUUACAUCGGGAAGCCACCCAACCAGCCCCCGCCGAGUGAAGGGCGGGAUGACGGUCGCUAGCGCCGCGUCCCAGACCCGGAAGUGGGGAUCGCCCGUCCGCAAACGUCCGAACAGGCCAAGGGUCCGUAACAGCAGGAGAAAUAGGAGGUGGACAAAGCGACGGGACGACUCUCCCCCGUACGGAGUCGGCUUGUGUACACAAAACUUCAGCGUCAGGCUAAAGCACUACACAACCUUCCACUUUGAGCGUCAGGUUAAAGAGAGACAGAGUGCAGGGUUGGCCUAUGUGGAGCUUGCGGCCCACCGGCGGGUGGAGGACAUGCACCUGUCUGCAGCUGCUGCUAGGAUUAACACCUGUCCCAACGCAGGUGGAAACUCUGUCUACUCUGAGGUCCUGUCCUGUGAGCUGUUGUACCGCCUGUUUGGAGCCCAGCUGCUGAAGACUGAGAUGGAAGUGACGUACUUCCCACAGGGCGGGGCACUGACAGACUACACCUGCCAGCUGUUCGGAGUACAGGUCGGUGUGUCCGUUACAAGAGCCAUGAAGUUCCGGGGUGAAUUUGAUCGCGAGGACGCGGAGAAACUACUGAUGAAGAAGCUGACCGGAGUCAUCAACGCAACGCAGAACACCAUGGAAUCCUGGGACAAACAGAUCCUACACGUGUGGACACCCAGCAAACACGUGGCACGAGUCGUCACGGCGACAUACCACACCCUACCCGCAGACGUCAAGGCUAACACGGUCGUCUUGGUUACUGUUGCCCAGGGCAACAUCUCAAGGGAAGUUUUCCAGAAUAGAUGACGACACUUGCUGUACCCUUACACCGGGUAGUACUUUAGGCCACACCAAUUUAAUUUCUUGGUUAACAGAUUUUUCUAGAAAAAUAAUGGAGCGGGUGGGUG